AUGACCAGGGUCACCAGCCUGAGGCCCGGGGUCGCCUCUGUGUCGCUCGCCGAGAUGGAGCAGAUCACAAGGGCCGACUACCAGAGAGUGACGAAGGUCAGAGAGGGGCUCAGCCGCGUGGUCAUGAGCGGCAGCGCCCUGAGCAAGACGAGGCCGGUGCAGGCUGCCAUCCACCUCAACGCGCUCGCGUUCGUGCUUUUCGCCCUCGUGGCCAGGUCCACGCACCUCGGCGAGAGCGACUCCGCGGACGACCACCGCCGCCGCCUGGGAGGCGACGCCCCUCCGCUGAUGACGUACAUCGCCUACGCCUUGCUCUGCGCGGGGAUGCUCGCAAUGGCCAUGAGCUUCGUCAAGCAGCCGCUCAUCCUGGGCUACCUGCUGGGAGGCGUGGCGGUCGACCCCCACGUCCUGAGCGUCAUACGCAGCCACGAGGACAUCUCCACCCUGAGCUCCUUGGGCCUCAUCUUCCUCCUCUUCAUGGUGGGCCUGGAGCUGAACUUGAAUGAGCUGCUGAAGAUGGGGAAGGUGGUGCUGAUCACUGGUGCCCUCCAGUUCCCCAUCUGCGUUUGUCUCCACAUUUGUAUCUUCAUGGGCCUCGCGGCCGCUGGGAUCUCGUUCGGGGAGGGUCCCAUGGCGACGGUGUACACCGGGAUAGUGUGCGGCAUCUUGUCCACGAUGAUCGUGGUGAAGGGGCUGUCCGUCAAGUGCGACACGGGCAGCGCUCCCGGCAGGCUGACCAUCGGCAUAUUUAUCUUCAAGGACAUAUGGGCCAUUAUCAUCCUUGCCGUGCAGCCCAGUCUGGACUCGCCCGAUAUCGUGAUUAUCCUGAAGACCUUCGGCAUGAUCGCCGUAUUGCUCGUCGUGGCGAUAGUCUACGCGAAGUUCGUGAUGCUCGCAGUUCUGUAUUCUUCGUCUAAGAACGUUGAGCUCAUGCUUGUUCUUUUCCUUGCCUGGUGCUUCUUUGUGGGCUGCGUGGCCACCCUCCCGUUCGUCGGCCGGAGCUUUGAGCUGGCGUCCCUCAUCGCAAGCGUUGCCCUGGCCGCCUUCCCGUACAGCGCUGAGUUCAACGGCGAGAUCAAGUACAUCAGGGACUCCUCCAUCACCCUCUUCUUCGUCGGCCUCCGCAUGCAGAUCCCGCCCCCCACGGUUGCCGCAGUGGCCACUGGCGUCUUGAUCGCCGCGGUGGUGCUGGUCUGCUGGUGGAUCGGCAUCUUCUCAGUGGUUCGCCUGCUGGGGGGCCGGGGCAGCCUCGCGGGGGUGGCCACGAUCAACCUCUCGCAGAUCAGCGAGUUCGCCCUGGUGAUCUGCUCGGCUGCUGGGAGCCCCCGGAUUGCCUGGGAACCCGCCAACUGGUGUUUUUCCUUCGGCGGCCCGCGCGCUGCUCCGUGUGGGGGCCUGCGCGCGUGGCUGGCAUCGUUGCCGCCACGCGCUGUCGCGCGCGAGUCGCCGCCUCCGCGCGGAUGGUCCUCGUGCUCGUCUUCCUCGCGCUCCUGCUGUUCAUUCUCCUGGGUCCUCCUCCUCCUCCUUCUCCCCCUCCUCCUCCUUCCCCUCCUCCUCCCCCUCCUCCCUCCUCCUCCCCCUCCUCCCUCCUCCUCCUCCUCCUCCUCCUCCUCCUCCUCCUCCUCCUCCUCCUCCUCCUCCUCCUCCUCCUCCUCCUCCUCCUCCUCCCUCCUCCUCCUCCUCCUCCUCCUCCUCCUCCUCCUCCUCCUCCUCCUCCUCCUCCUCCUCCUCCUCCUCCUCCUCCUCCUCCUCCUCAUCAUCAUCAUCAUCAUCAUCAUCCCCCUCCGCUCCUGCUGCUGCUCCUCGCCGGCCCUCCCGGCGGCAUCAGGGAGCGCUCCCCUCCUUUUGCGCGCCGCCGAUCGAUGCUUCACGCUGACGGCGCUCCAGCGCCACACCCGCAGCACCCUCGACGGUGCCCACGCGCGAGAGUGUCUUUGUCUUUUGUCUUUGUCGAUCGAUGCGUCGCGAAGCCGCUGUCUGCCAAGUGUUUUCACAUUUUGCAGAGGACACGGGGGACCUCCUCCUCCUCCUCCUCCUCUUCCUCUUCUUCCUUCUCCUCCUUCCACGAUGGGGAGGAUCAUGAGGAGGAUCUACAUGAUUCGAAGAAUAAUAAUAAUAAUAAUAAUAAGCAAACGCCAUAAACACGAACUUUAA